CCAAGGCCUGUUGGAGCGGGACCAAGACCUGGGGCGGGACUAAGGUUCUGGUUGUUGGGGCCAGGACUGCCCUCGCAGCCUUCUUAGGCAGCUGUACUUUCAUCCUUCCUUCCCUGUGCCACUGUGGGGCUGGGUCCUCGCUCUCCAAGGGCGCUGUGAGGUUAUGCGAAUGCUGCUAGCUGACCAGGGCCAGAGCUGGAAGGAGGAAGUGGUGACCUCGGAUGACUGGAAGCAGGGCACACUCAAGGCUUCCUGUCUGUUUGGGCAGCUCCCCAAGUUCCAGGACGGAGACCUGACCCUGUACCAAUCGAACGCUAUCCUGCGGCACCUGGGCCGCUCCUUCGGGCUCUAUGGCAAAGAUCCACAAGAGGCAGCCCUGGUGGACGUGGUGAACGAUGGCCUUGAAGAUCUCAUCAGGCACAUUAGCCAGCAGUUUCUCCGUAACACUGAGGAGGACAAGGCUCAGUAUCUGAAGGAGCUCCCAGGACACCUGAAACCAUUUGAAACCCUCCUGGCCCAGAACAAGGGUGGCCAGUCCUUCAUCGUGGGUGACCAGAUCUCCUUCGCCGACUACCGCCUGCUGGACUUGCUUCUGAACCACGAGCUCCUGUUCCCUGGUUACCUGAGUGAUUUCCCUCUGCUCGCUGCCUAUGUGGCACGCCUCAAAGCCCGACCCAAGCUCAAGGCCUUCCUAGACUCCCCUGAGCAUAUGAACCGUCCCAUUUCUGCUUACCGAAAGACAUGAGCCCACCUGCCUCCCCCAACUCCCCACCACUGGAUCAAUUAAAAAAAAAAAC